UGUGUGAGUUCUGUAGGGGAAAGGUGUGUUUGGAGAACAGACAGAGGGGAGCUUUGUGUACCUCUCUCAGACAGGUCAGCUCUCUCUCCCUCUCUCUCUCAGCCUUCCUUCUUUCCCUCGUUCUUUCAUUCUGGGUGCACAGAGCUCCUUUGCAGGCCGUAUAUGAUGCUAUCACUACUGUGCUGUGUUCUGCUGCUCUUUCUGAGUCAGGGUGCUGAUAGCAGGCAGAAGCAGCGGGAAGCGACGGGCCUGGUGGAGAGGAGGCAGUUCUGUAGCUGGCCGUGUAAAUGUGGCAACCGGCCGCUGUGUGCCCCUGGUGUCAGCUCCAUCUUGGAUGGCUGCGGCUGCUGCAAAACCUGUGCACGGCAGAUUGGGGAAUCAUGCAACGAAAGGGAUCUCUGUGACCCUCACAAAAGCAUGUACUGUGACUUUUCCAAAGACCAGCCACGUUAUGAAGUUGGCGUCUGUGCUUACAUGAUGGGGGUUGGUUGUGACCUGAAUGGGGCUCACUAUGAUAACGGACACGCCUUCCAACCCAGCCCCCUCUACAAGUGCACUUGCAUUGCUGGAGCAAUCGGCUGCACUCCUGCCUUCAUCCAAAAGCCGGCUGGAAUGUUGAGUCCCGCUGCUCUUCAGGGCAGAUUGCCAGCAGGACUCAAGAGCAAUCAAAGCCCCAAACACCAGCAGGACACCGCCUACAGGGCCAUGUCAGCUUACAGGGAUCCUCCCUUAGCCUGGAAGAAGAACUGUUUGGUUCAGACCACACCCUGGUCACCCUGUUCACGCACCUGCGGCAUCGGCAUCUCUGUACGAGUCAACAACGACAACAGCAAGUGUGAGAUGAGAAAAGAGCGCCGACUUUGUCUGCUUCGACCAUGUGAUAAAAACACUCUAAAGGGACUAAAGAUGCCAAGAGGUAAAACCUGCAGACCGAAAUUCCAGGCCAGUAAAGAAGAGAAGCUCUCGCUGUCUGGUUGUACCAGCGUUAAGAAGCACCGCCCGACAUACUGCGGCAUCUGCACAGACAAGCGCUGUUGCGUUCCCAAUAAGUCCAAAAUGGUGAAUAUAGAGUUCCACUGCAAAGGGGGAUCUAACGUACUCUGGAAGAUGCAGUGGAUCACUUCUUGUGUAUGUCAGAGGAAAUGUAAUGAUGCUAAUGAUAUGUUUUCAGAGCUGCACUUAAUUUAAAACAGACAAAGAGGAAGUACACAGUGCUUCAUGGUAGCUAUAGCAUAUGGCCAGAAAUACUCUAUGCAAGUAUAUGAAUAAAGACAAGUAACUUGUCAACACACUUCAAUUUUACAGACAUGUAGUAAAUACUUAAUGUCUGUGCAAGCGCUAUUGCGCUAAUAAACCUCAGAACUUGAAUAAGACAGAGUUACAUUCAACUGUCUAUGCCAUUAAUCCGAAGGUGUUGUUAUUCAGAUAGCUUUAUGCUUUUAUAAAAUCUAAUGGCAAAGUUCAAACUGUUGUUUUACAAUGAGUAGUUGAUUUUAAAAAAGGACAGACAAAAGAAUGACACAUUAUUUACUGUGCACUUAUACACUAUGACUAUGUACUUAACUGUGUAGCCUAUGAAUUUUAGUUUUGUGUAUGAAGGUUAUUUUGUCAUUCAUAAUCAGUCUGAUAGCCCCUUGUCCUCUGCUAUGUAAUUAAAGCUGUGACAGUUGAAUGCAUGAAGUGUCCAACAUUACACACACUUUUUUUUUCUCUGUCAGCUGCAUCAUGCUAGUAUUUAAAGCACACCAUUUUCUUUCUUUCUUAUUUUUUUAUUUAGAAUUUUAAGCGUUCACUUUUUAUACUACCACAUUAGUAUGUGAACUGGGACGCACCUAAAGCAUCCCUUGGGUCAAUGCAGAGUGCACCUGUGAAAUCAUCCAUGCAUCGAUGUGUCUGCAUUCACAUAUUUGAGUAGAGUAUGAUUCGGGCCUAAACGCACAACUAAACACAUUAAAGCCAGUGUUUUACUCUGCUGUUUGGAAUAAAGCGAGUAAAGAGAACAGGGAGAUAUUUUUGUAAACACUUACCAAAGGUGCACUAAGUAAUAUUUGAAAAACUUCUUUUGCCGUAGUUCACUGACAAGCUAGGCGAUAUCGCAUUUCGAAAUCAAAUGCGAUUCAUCUGCAAUUAUGAGGGUGAUUUUGCCUAAUUGUCAGUGAACUACGGCUCUGUGCAGUAAAAAGCCGCUCAAUUUGAAAGCAAGUGAUGGUGAUUUAGUACUAAUCACGGGACCGGCUUUACUGACGAGAUGUGCAUGACAAUCGAAUGCGAUUAAUUGGACAGCCCUAGCCAGCAGGCAUAGCAGAUUCCAUCAUCUUCGUUGCCAUGGUUGUGUUACGUACGUGUGGGGUGGAGAUUUCAAAAUAGUGGCGAGGUCCUGUUGGGGUAUGGGCGUGUUUGUUUUGGUGCUUUCUAGGGGUGGGCGAUAUGGAAAAAAAAUCAUAUCACGAUUUUAUCAUGGUUUUGGUUAUGGUUUUACUAUUUUGCAAGUUGUCUG